AUGGAUGAUAGGGAAAGCUAUGAAACGGAGAGCGAAUGUGGAGAUUUUAAAUACGUGAAUGUUAUACACACCUAUAGGGAAAAUAAACAAUGCUACGGAAAAUGGCAUGCAAUGGUUAAAGUUGGGUCGCAUACGUUGAACCUUAAACUAGAUACCGGUGCAGAUUGUAAUGUGCUUCCAUUAAAAGAAGCAAAACGGUUAAGUGCUAAAAUUGUAAACUCGGGCACAAAGCGGCUUGUUGCAUAUAAUGAACAAACAAUAAAUGUAAUCGGUGAAACAACAUUACACUGUAAAGCACCGAAAAAUAGUGCACGUGUCGUGUUUAAAAUCGUGCGCGAAAAUCUUCAACCUAUACUGGGUCGCGAAUGGUGUGAACAACUCGGUUUCAUUGUACGUGUUAACGAAUUAAAAAGCAACCAUACACAAGUGGUUAGCAAAAACUCACAGACCUUAGGGUGUUGCAAAGACUUUAAGUACGACAUUGAUUUUAUAGAGAAUCCUAAGUUUAAGAUUAUUCCGGCCAGGAGAAUUCCAUAUUCUUUGCGCGAUGACGUAAAAAAAGAACUUAACAAUAUGGUAAAAUUGAAAGUAAUCGAACCAAUAAGCGAACCAACACCUUCCGUCAGCCCAAUGGUGAUUGUAAAAAAGGGCACUAAAAUCCGUAUUUGUAUGGAUCCAACCGAGCUAAAUAAAAAUAUUAAGCGCAGGCACUUCCCUUUAAAAACGGUGGAAGAAAUAGCAUCCAGAAUUGCGGGCAGCAAAUAUUUCACAAAGCUUGACUGCCAAAAGGGGUUUUGGCAGUUAAAAGUGACAGACAGAACAUCAAAAUAUCUUACAUUCGCUACGCCAUGGGGUCGUUUUAGAUAUUUACGCUUGCCAUUUGGGAUAUCGUCGGCACCUGAAGUGUUUUCUGAAGUAAUGAGUCGAACGUUAGAAAAUAUACCAAACUGCGAGGUAGCAAUGGACGACAUUUUUCUGCAUGCACCAACAGAAACUGAACUUCGAAGGCUCACAAAAACGGUCACCGAUCGUCUACAUAAAUCUGGUUUUACGCUAAAUAACGAUAAAUGUGAAUACAACAAAAAAUUCAUGAAAUUCUUAGGACACAUCUUCACUGAGAGUGGAUAUAAAGCAGACAGCGAUAAAAUUGAUGCCAUCACGCGUCUCAAAGCACCAAAAAACGUCAAGGAGUUGCAGCGCGUAUUAGGUAUGUUAAAUUACCUCGGAAAAUUUAUUAAAAGUUUGUCUGAGCUUACAGAUCCCCUUAGAAGCUUACUACUCAAAGACAAUGCUUGGUUCUGGGGUCCUGAACAGGAAAAAGCUUUUAAUGCAAUUAAAAAAGCCUUAAAAACAACACCAGUGCUCGCAUAUUACCAUGCUAACAAGCCAGUGAAAUUAUCUGUUGACGCUAGUAGUAAAUCAAUGGGGGCAUGUUUGAUGCAAGACGAUCAGCCAGUCGCAUACGCCACGCGUUCCUUUACUAAGUCACAGCAGAAUCACCCACAACUUGUAAAAGAAGCAAUGGCGAUUCGAUUUGCCUGCAAUAAAUUCCAUGAGUAUGUUUAUGGUAAAGACUUAGUAAUCGAAACUGACCAUAAGCCACUCGAAACUAUUUUCAAAAAAGCUUUGCAUAACGCACCUUUACGACUACAAAGAAUCUUAUGGGACAUAAUUCAAUAUGCACCGAAAGUAAUUUACGUAAAAGGUUGUAAGAUACCAAUCGCUGACACACUUAGUCGCGACUGCGAGCCAAACGAGGUUGAGGAAGAAGAAGAAUAUCAAGUCAACGUCACAAUAUCCAAUUCCAUGGAUGAGCAUCUCUAUAAGCUUUUCGUCGAUGAAACAGAAAAAGAUUCGGAGCUACAAAUGCUUAAAACUGUCGUUCUUAACGGUUGGCCAGAAACCGGUCAAAAAUUACCGGCACCCAUAAAAAAAUAUGCCACUGUUAAAGAUGAAAUCAUUUUCGACGGUGGGUGUCUGUUUAAAGGCAACAAAAUCAUAGUCCCGAAAUCGCUUAUUAUAAAGAUAUUACCACAAAUUCAUUCCGGACACAUAGGCUUAACCAAGGCUUUAGAAAGAGCUCGACAAUCCUUAUACUGGUAUGGGCAAUCUACGGAUAUAAAGAACUUUAUAGACAAAUGCGCUGCAUGCCAGCAAACGCAAAAGGCGAAUGUGAAAGAGCCAACCAUUAUUAAACAAAUACCACAAUAUCCAUUUCAAAUAGUGUCUUCGGAUAUUUUUCACUACAAAGGCUACGAGUACUUGUUAAUAGCUGAUCAGUAUUCAGGGUUCUUUGAUUUUAAACAACUGAAGUCGUCAACAGCAACGGAAGUCAUUAUUUGCUUACGACAGUGGUUCUCAACACAUGGCAUUCCAGAAGUCUUCGAAAGUGAUGGCGGCCCGCAGUACACGGCAAAUAAAUUUAAGGAAUUUUCAAAGGAAUGGGGAUUCAAACAUCGAUUUUCUUCACCGCAUUAUCCUAGGUCGAAUGGUUUUGCUGAAAGAAACGUGCAAACAGCAAAAAACCUUCUAAGAAAAUGUGACUUAGAUGGCUCAGACAUUUACAAAGGGCUUCUAACGCUGCGUAAUACCGACCGUAAUGCUAAAUUAAAAUCACCAGCUCAGCGUUUAUUUAGUCGUGUCACCAGAUCAACCAUCCCGACAGACAUAACCCAACUAAUACCAAAGGUAGUGCCAAAGGUUCCGGAAGAACUCUUUCGAUUACGUUGCAGCCAAAAACAAUAUGCAGACCGGGGCGCUAGUCAAAGACCGAAGCUGAAAACAGGUGAAAAAGUAUUGCUACAGAAGGGACAUCGUGAAUGGAUACCAGCAAAAGUAAUAUCCGAAACGCAAUAUCCCCGUUCCGUUAUAGUACAAACUGAAAGCGGAGCGAUUUAUCGCCGAAACAAUCACCACUUGCGCAAAACUGGAGCUACUAUUCCCGAUGCGGAGACAAGCGCUGAGACACGCGAGACUGACAGCCAGCAAGCCUCCAGUAAACCAAUAGAAGAGCUUUCAAACGAACCUGCAGUAUCGAGCGGCGAACUAACGCCAAGUAUCAGCUCGCCAACCAUCCGAACGCGAAGUGGACGCGUGGUAAAGCCGGUACAAAGAUAUGGACAUACUCAUACUUACUGA